ACUGCGCUCUGAAGUUUAAAGAGCAGCGAGGAGCCUGUGCCGUAGGCAGGGACAAUGGAAGAAAAUGAAAGCCAGAAAUGUGAGCCGAGCCUCCCUUACUCAGCAGACAGCAGGCAGAAGCAGGAUCAAGGAAAAGGCAAUCUACAUGUGACAUCAUUAGAAGAUGCAGAAUGUCGCAGAACCAAGGAACGCCUUUCUAAUGGGAACAGUCGCGUCUCCAUUUCCAAGUCUUCCCGCAACAUCCCGAGGAGACACACUCUAGGGGGGCCCCGAAGUUCCAAAGAGAUACUGGGAAUGCAAACAUCUGAGAUGGACAGGAAGAGAGAAGCUUUCCUCGAACAUCUGAAGCAGAAGUACCCUCAUCAUGCCACUGCGAUCAUGGGCCACCAAGAGAGGCUGAGAGACCAGGCUUUGCAGUGCAUGCUGAUCUCUCUUCAGGCAGAACUUGACAUUCAAAGGUACUUGAUGAAAAUUGAAUCAUCUCAGCGAACAAGAAGCCCCAAGCUGUCCCACAGUCCCCAACCUCCCAAUUUGGGCGACCCAGUAGAGCAUUUGUCAGAGACGUCUGGUGAUUCUUUGGAAGCCAUGUCUGACGGAGAAGCUCCAAGUCCUUUCUCCAGGGGCAGCCGAACUCGAGUGAGUCUUCCAGUGGUGAGGUCCACCAACCAGACGAAAGAAAGAUCUCUGGGGGUUCUCUAUCUCCAGUACGGGGAUGAAACCAAGCAGCUCAGGAUGCCGAAUGAAAUCACAAGUGCAGACACAAUCCGUGCCCUCUUCGUAAGUGCCUUUCCCCAGCAGCUCACCAUGAAGAUGCUAGAGUCGCCCAGUGUCGCCAUUUACAUCAAAGACGAAAGCAGAAAUGUCUAUUACGAACUUAACGAUGUAAGGAACAUUCAGGACAGAUCGCUCCUCAAAGUCUACAAUAAGGACCCCGCGCAUGCGUUCAAUCACACACCGAAAACUGUGAAUGGGGACAUGAGGAUGCAGAGAGAAAUUAUUUAUGCAAGAGGAGAUGGCCCCGGUGCCUCUCGACCCGGAUCCACAGCUCAUCCACCCCAUGCCAUCCCAAAUUCUCCGCCAUCCACUCCCGUGCCCCAUUCCAUGCCUCCUUCUCCAUCCAGAAUUCCUUAUGGGGGCACCCGCCCAAUGGUUGUUCCUGGCAAUGCCACCAUCCCCAGAGAUAGACUCUCCAGCCUGCCCGUCUCCAGAUCCAUCUCCCCCAGCCCAAGUGCCAUCUUGGAAAGAAGAGAUGUGAAGCCAGAUGAAGACAUGAGUGGCAAGAACAUUGCAAUGUACCGAAACGAGGGCUUCUAUACCGAUCCCUACCUUUAUCACGAGGGACGGAUGAGCAUAGCCUCUUCCCACGGUGGGCACCCGCUGGACGUCCCUGAUCACAUCAUUGCUUAUCACCGCACGGCAAUUCGCUCAGCGAGUGCAUACUGCAACCCUUCUUUGCAAGCAGAAAUGCAUAUGGAGCAGUCUCUGUACAGACAGAAAGCAAGGAAGUACCCAGAUAGCCACUUGCCUACCCUGGGCUCCAAAACGCCCCCUGCCUCUCCGCACCGAGUCAGUGACCUGAGAAUGGUAGACAUGCAUGCCCACCAUAAUGCCCAUGGGCCCCCUCACACUCUGCAGCCAGAUCGGGCCUCUCCAAGCCGCCAGGCCUUCAAAAAGGAGCCCGGCACUUUGGUGUAUAUUGAAAAGCCACGGACCACUCCAGGAUUAUCCAGCAUCGUGGACUUCGGCCCACCUCUAGUUGAGAAGCAAGUGUUUGCUUACAGCACUGCUACAAUACCCAAAGACAGAGAGACCAGAGAGAGGAUGCAAGCCAUGGAGAAACAGAUUGCCAGUUUAACUGGUCUUGUUCAGUCUGCGCUUUUUAAAGGGCCCAUUACGAGUAAUAGCAAAGAGGCAUCUAGUGAGAAAAUGAUGAAAUCCACGGCCAGUAAGAGCCACGCAGAUGGUGUGGGAGCGCUCCACGUUUCCGGGGGAAGGACUGUCAGCGCGCUCGAGUCCUCGGGACCGCCUAGCCAGCCCCUGCCCGCCAGCACCUCGGCCGUGCACAUGAGCCUGCUCGACAUGAGGCGGAGUGUGGCCGAACUUAAGUUCCAGCUCCAACAGAUGCGACAGCUGCAGCUGCAGAACCAGGAGCUGCUGAGGGCGAUGAUGAAGAAGGCUGAGCUAGAAAUCAGCGGCAAAGUGAUUGAAACCAUGAAGAGGCUGGAGGACCCCGUGCAGCGACAGCGCGUCCUGGUGGAGCAAGAGAGACAAAAAUACCUGCACGAAGAGGAGAAGAUCGUCAGAAAGCUGUGCGAGCUGGAAGACUUUGUGGAAGACUUGAAGAAGGACACUACAUCGGCUGCCCGAGUGGUCACUCUAAAAGACGUGGAAGAUGGGGCUUUCCUCCUGCGACAGGUGGGAGAAGCCGUAGCCACCCUGAAAGGAGAAUUUCCCACCUUACAAAACAAGAUGCGAGCCAUCUUGCGCAUCGAAGUCGAGGCUGUGCGGUUUCUGAAGGAGGAGCCCCACCGACUGGACAGCCUCCUGCAGAGAGUACGGAGCAUGACCGACACCCUGACCGUGCUGCGGAGACAUGUCACCGAUGGACUCUUGAAAGGUACAGAUGCAGCCCAGGCCGCCCAGUACGUCGCCAUGGAAAAGGCCACGGCCGCGGAGGUCCUGAAGAGCCAGGAGGAGGCCCCCCACCCCUCAGGCCAGCCCCCGCACGGCGCAGGAGUGCCCAGCGACAUGAAGUCCGAGGUGGUGCCCUUGACCGUUCACCAUGCGCAGAGCUCCCCAGUGGUCAUCCAGCCCUCCCAGCUCUCCGGCGCCCUGCUCAACCCCGCCCAGCACUUGCCGGGGGGCUCUGGCCCUCACCCCGCCGGCCCUUCGGCCACCACGCAGGAGGCGCCCUCAGCCCUGCAGUCGGCACCGGCUCCGCAGUCCCCACACACGCCCGUGAACGGCUCUGCCAUGCAGAGCCUGCUCAUUGAGGAGCUGCACAGCGCGGGCGCCAAGAGCAGGGCCGUGUCCAUUGAGAAAGCAGAGAGGAAAUGGGAAGAGAAAAGGCAAAACCUGGACCACUAUAAUGGGAAAGAGUUCGAGAAGCUACUGGAAGAAGCCCAGGCCAACAUCAUGAAGUCCAUUCCAAACCUGGAGAUUCCGCCAGCCUUGGGCCCACAACCAAAGGGCGAUGGUCCGGCAGACAAGCUGGAACCGUCAGACUCUCCAAGCUCAGAACAAGACUUGGACAAGCUGGGGGGUAAGUCCCCUCCUCCUCCUCCCCCACCACCACGGCGGAGCUACCUGCCAGGAUCCGGGCUCACUACCACGAGGUCCGGUGAUGUGGUCUACACCAGCAGGAAGGAGAACACCACCACUAAGACAAGCAGUGAAGAGGCUGGACCAAGCCCCCAGGCUAGAGCCACUAAAUGUCCUACAGAGGAGCCGACUUCCGCCUGGACUCCAUCCCCACCGCCAGUCACUACCUCCUCAAAGGAUGAGGAGGAAGAAGAAGAAGGAGACAAAAUAAUGGCAGAACUCCAGGCAUUCCAGAAGUGUUCCUUUAUGGAUGUAAAUUCAAACAGUCACGCUGAGCAGUCCCGGGCUGACAGUCACGUUAAAGACACUAGGCCGGGGGCCACAGGCCCACCCAAGGAGAAGAAGAAUUUGGAAUUUUUCCACGAAGACGUCCGGAAAUCUGACGUCGAAUAUGAAAACGGCCCCCAAAUGGAAUCCCCAAAGGUUCCUGCAGGGGCUCUCACACCUCUUGACCAUCCUAAGUGGGAAAUAGCAAUGGAGAAUAGUCUUUCUGAUGCAGCAAGAACAUCAGAGUAUAAAACAGACAUCCCAAAGAAGGAAAGUUCCAUAUCUAACAAACUUUUGUUUAGAGACAGUAGAAACUAUACCCAGAAAAAUGUGUCCAACGUCAAUCCCAGUUACUCUGGCCUUUGUUCAUUAGCUGAAAUAAACAAAGGACCCUGGAGCUCAGGACCGCAGUUCCCUGUAUCUGACACUGAGAAUCAGAAGAUGAAUUAUGGGAAGACAAAGGAGUUGAGACUAGAAAGGCAGGAAAACAUGGAUAGGUGCGACCUUGCCUCUCCCACUAGGUCAGCUGAAUUGAGCAUGGGUGAUGUCAGAACUCAAGACCAAGAGGUUCACAUGACACAGUUCAGCCAGGUUGUUCUAAGACCCAAGGGGGCCCGGCAUGCUUGCGUGAACCCCAGUGAGGAUGGAGAGUCAACGCCAAGUUCUCCAACUGAAGAAAACGUAACCGCCGACAACAUCGCCUUCAUGAUCACCAAAACCGCCGUCCAGGUGCUCUCCAGCGGGGAGGUCCGUGACAUAGUGAACAAACAGGGGGAAGAUGUACAGACGGUUAACAUUGACGCCAAAAAAGACACAGCGUCCCGACGGGAAGGAGGUGAAAACGAAGAGCCAGUCGUGUGCCUGGACAAGAAGCCAGUCAUCAUCAUUUUUGACGAGCCCAUGGACAUCCGGUCUGCAUAUAAGAGACUUUCAACCAUAUUUGAGGAAUGCGAUGAGGAAUUAGAGAGGAUGAUGAGAGAGGAAAAGAUAGAGGAGGAGGAAGAGGAGGAAAACGGAGACCCUGCACUCCAGAAUAACACUUCCCACAAGUUCCAUGAGAAGGUUGCGUCCAGCAGCGCUGGGUCGGGGUGGCAGGCUGACGGUAAAUUACAGCCACACCGCCUUUCACCAGAGGCCGAACCACGAGGACAGGAAAUGAGCAAGAAUGAGCUGAGCAAGUUGAGCCAGGCAGAUUCCCCAAGUGCAGAAGGCAAGGGUGACAUGACUGACGACCAGUUUGAAAGCCCGAAGAAAAAGUUUAAAUUCAAAUUCCCUAAGAAGCAACUGGCUGCUCUCACCCAGGCAAUCCGCACAGGCACCAAGACCGGGAAGAAGACGCUGCAGGUGGUUGUGUACGAGGAGGAGGAGGAGGACGGAGCCCUGAAGCAGCACAAGGAAGCCAAGCGAUUUGAAAUCACGAGGUCCCAACCUGAAGACGCCCCCAAGAGUAUGCUCCGGAGACCAGAGCCGCCCAGUCCAGAGAAUACGUCUCUGAUGUGUUCCAGAACUGAUGAAAUCCGAAAAAAUACCUACAGGACGCUGGACAGCCUGGAGCAGACCAUCAAACAGCUUGAAACCACAAUCAGUGAAAUGAGUCCAAAAGCCCUGGUGGACGCGUCCUGCUCUCCCAACAGAGAUUCUGUUGCAAGCUCACCCCACGUAGCCCAAGAGGCCUCUCCCCGCUCCCCGCUAGUUCUGGAUGAAGCCCCCAGUGCCCUAGAGCCCCCCUCGUCCGUACCUUCAGCUUCACGUAAGGGCGCCCCUGGGACCCCGCAGACGAGCAGGAUGCCAGUCCCCAUGAGUUCCAAGAACAGACCCGGAAGCCUGGACAAGCCUGGCAAGCCGUCCAAACUGCAGGACCCCCGCCAAUACCGUCAGGCUAAUGGAAGUGCUAAGAAAGCUGGUGGGGACUGUAAGCCUACUUGCCCCUCCUUACCUGCUUCUAAGAUUCCAGCCCUUUCUCCCAGCUCUGGGAAAAGCAGUUCUCUGCCCUCUUCUAGUGGUGACGGCUCUAGCUUGCCUGUUCCACCUGCUACUAAACCACCGGUUACUUCUAACCCUCUCAGCCCCCAGACAGGACGGCCUGCUCCCUCUGCCUCCCUCAUCCCCUCUGUCUCUAAUGGCUCCUUAAAGUUUCAGAGCCCCACUCAUACAGGGAAAGGUCACCAUCUCUCAUUCUCACUGCAGACUCAAAACGGCCGAGCAGCCCCUUCCCCCUCCUCCUCCUCCUCCUCCCCGCCCUCCCCCGCCUCCCCCACUUCACUGAAUCAAGGUGCCAAGAGCAUCAGGACCAUCCACACUCCUGGCCUCACCAGCUACAAGGCACAGAACGGAAGUUCAAGCAAAGCCACCCCGUCCACAGCAAAGGAGACCUCUUAAAGGCCAAAUCCUGUUAGGUCCAAGUUGGAGUUACCUUUAAAAAAAACCACACACACCAUUUUUUUCCAACAGUCUGCAACAACUGUUUUCCAAAGUGAAUGUAACGUACGUACUGUUUGAGGCUUACCGCUAAGUAUGUGCUAAAUACUGGAUUAAUAGAUGUCAGUAAAGCUUGUUUGUUCUCUUUGUUGCUGUUGUAAUUACAUAGUGUUUACUGUCUGUAUCCAGUACCUGUCAAAUGAAGUAAGCAUGUGUUCCGAAAAGAGCGGCUGGCAGGAGAGAGGGGCGCGUGCGAGACGGGGAGAAAAACGUAUUCAGCAUGUAAACCAUGUAUGACUCCAGAAUUUUAGUAUGUUUUGUACAAAAAUAUUUUUCAUUACGGAGACUAGACAUGAAACAGAGAAAUACACAAGCGUGACUAUACAAAUUAUAAAACAGAUACCUAUAAUAUUUCCUUUUAUUUUGGUGUUAUUUAGCUUUAUUACAGAUUUCUAUUUUUGUCAGAAUGUCAUGGUUCCUUUCAAGAUCUUUUUUGCCAAAAACAUUUUGAUACUAUAGCAUUGUACAUUUGAAAGUAGCGUGCUAGACACAAAGCCAGUGACCUAAUAUGCGGGCCGACACGAGGCCUCUGUAGAAAGCAGUUUACCAACCCUGUGGCACUGCCGCGAAAACCGUGUAUAAUAAUUUGCAGCCCAAGCAAGCCAGUUUCCUUUGCUUCUCUUUUUUCCUUUCGCUUGUUUCUUUCUCUUAACAUAUUGGGAUUCUCUGGUUGUUUCCUUUCCAGGAUCCAAACCCUUCCUUUGUUUCCUGAGACCUGCUAACCCACACGAUUGCAUUGUGGAUUUUAACAUGUUCUCUUCUGCACCGUUCCAUAAACCGAUCGACUUUUGUACAUAUAUAAAUAGACAUCAGAAAUACCGUAUGUGGCAGCACAGAGUAGUUUUCCCACACCAAAGUUAAUUUUUAUGCAUGCUUCAAAAAUAGAUCUUGGGACGGGCAGAAAUGGGGGACACCCAUACAUUUUUAAAAAGCAAUGCGUUUGCACAGCUAGAGUGUUUUUGUAAAUAAAUGUAUUUGUACAACACAGUCAUGUAAUAUACAGAACUAUAAGUAGAGACUUUGCGAAACUAAAUAAAGGGCUGCAUGCUUACUAUUUUU